UCUGCGGAAGGGGAAGAGGCUCGGCGGUAGUUGUCAGUCUGCCACAGCGAUGGUGUCGCAGCGGGCUGUGUGUUGGUUCCUGAGUCUCCUUGGGCUGAUGCUGGAGGAUGGCUGGGCUCGGCUGGCUGGCCCAAUGUAUGUAUCGGAAUAUUACUCUCAAGCUCCUCAAAAACUUUCUUUGUAUAGUUGGUAUGGAAGUGCACGUCUAUUUGUCUUCCAAGUGCCAGAAAACACUGUGCUAAUGAGAUGGAUCUUACAAGCCUCAAGAUCAAAGGGAUGCCAAAAUAUUAAUGUAACUGUCCAUCUUCGGGCUGGUGCCCCUCCAGUAAUCAAUCCUUUACAAACCAAGUUUGGACUAAACACCGUUGUUCUCCCUUCAUUUAACCUCACGAUACCAUUGGUGUCUGGCGAUCAGACCAAUACUUUCUUAAACAUUUCUAAACCUGUUCCAGGUGACUGGUUUGUAGCUGCACACCUACCAAAAGAUGAUGGCAAAAUUGAAGUGAAGGGCUUCUCUGCCAAGUGCUCCUACGUAUUUCAGCCACAGAUGUUUGUUCAGCGAUUGAUUAAUGUGCCUAUUCUUGAACCAAAUACUUCAUUGCGGAUGACAGUUUCUCUUCUUCAUCCAGUUGCAAACUUGAAAAUUUUUAUUCCUGAAAAUACUGCAGAACUUGCCAUUCAGCUAACAAACUGCACUAUCAACAACCACGCUGUGGAAGCUUGUCCUGUCCAUCUAGUAAUAGGUUCAAACUCAUUACCUAAAUCUUACUUGAAGAUUGUAAAUUGCAAUGAAAGUGCAAAGUGCAGAAAAACACUGGAUUCGCCACCUUGGAUGAAAUGGUUGCAAAUCGCUGUUGAAAGCAGCAACAAACAUUGGAUUGUCUCCUUUGACAUUGAAGCUUAUUUAACAGUAUGUUCACCCAUAAAUACUGGAUAUCUUUCCAUUAUGAGCAGAAACUUCACUCUGUCAAGCAAAAGUGUAAUAAACAAUGUGGAUAUGUUUAGAUUAAACAUGAAGAUCAAUAAUACAGAAGCAAAUAAUGAUUGGAAAUCAUGUUUUCAUAAUCAGCCUGUUCUUCGGGAAGCUUUGGAUAUUACCUCUGUGAGAUUUUUUGUUUUAAAUGGACCAGAUGUUUUUGUCACCUCUGACUGUCCUUCAAUUCUUCUGUUGAACUUAAACACUAAAAGAGACAGUGGUGGAACAAUUAUCUUGAACUUGCGGUUAAAUAAGACUUCACUGUCCAAUGAAAACGCAACUGUGUUAGCCUGUUUAAGUGCUGGGUCUCCUGUGAUGUCUCUAGAUGUCAAUUCCGUUAACUGCAGAGAAGCCUUAUCUUGGGGAUAUCUGCUUAAAAUGAAUACUUCGAUAUUAUCAACAUCCCUUCAUGUUCCUUACCCAGAGACUGACCGUUGGUACCUCACCUUGCAAAUCCUGUGUCCCAAUGAUAAAGGCAAUCAGGUUUGUGUAAAGGAGUCUGCUCUGAUAACUGUAUCAACUGUACUGAGUCCCUGUAUUGGUGAUUGUGGUGUGUAUGGAGAAUGUAGACUUCUUCGAACUCAUGGAUAUCUUUAUGCUGCAUGUGUUUGUAAAGCAGGCUGGAAUGGAUGGAGCUGUACAGAUGAUACCUACGCUCUAUCGUAUGGACAGCAAUUGCUUGCAACGCUCUUGCUGACAUUGAGUAAUUUGAUGUUCAUUCCACCGAUUGUGGUUGCUGUAUAUCGCUAUUACUUUGUAGAGGCUGCUGUUUAUUUCUUCACCAUGGUUUUCUCAACGUUUUAUCAUGCGUGUGAUCAACCAGGGACAGCAGUCUUGUGCAUUAUGGAAUAUGAUACACUUCAAUACUGUGAUUUCCUCGGCUCAGUUUUAUCUGUGUGGGUUACUAUUCUCUGUAUGGCCAGGUUAAAGUCUCUACUUAAGUAUGUGCUUUUUAUUCUUGGCUCCUUAUUGAUUGCAAUGUCAAUGCAAUUAGACCGACGUGGUCUUUGGAACUUAUUGGGGCCUUGCCUUGUUGCCCUGGCGAUCAUGGUAGUUGCAUGGGUAUCUCGGUGUGUGAAACGCCGGCAUUGCUAUCCUCCAACAUGGAAACGCUGGGUAUUUUUCUUAUUGCCAGGAAUAGGUGCAGCAUUAAUUGCUAUUGCUGUAUAUGGACUUCUGGAAACUAAGGAGAACUAUUAUUACACACACAGCAUUUGGCAUAUUCUUGUAGCUGGAAGUGUGGUAUUUUUGUUACCACCAGGUAAAAAGCACAUAAGCCUGCAGUUCUGGACACGUAAAAUUACAUGCGGAUACCAGAUUUGUUCUAAUGUAGAAGAAGACUUGUACGUUGUUUGUUGACCAGGCCAAUUUAGCUGUAUUUGCUUAAAUUGAGGAAACACAUUCUUUUUUAUAACAGGAAUACAUUCAUAAAGUGUUUUGUUGUUGCAUGUUAAAAGUAGUGGUAAAAGAAGUAAUGACCAUAAACAUUUUAAAUUUCUAUAAAAAUGACAAAAUAAUUUUAAUUUAUUUUUGACUUUUUCUGCAAGAUGCAGAUAGAUUUUUAUACCUAAAUAGAAGAGACAUCUGAUGUUUUCUUUAACAAAAAGGUAGCUUCAUGCACUUUUUUGGUCCAUAGUAAUAUUGGCCAAUAUGAUAUAUUGCAACUUGUUAAUUUUAUUUUUUGUUACCUGUAUUAUUGUUGUAGAUACAUAAAGUCUUCAUUUUUAAUAAAACAUCUAACAAUGUAUCAUUUGCUACAAAGUCAAUGCAAGAGAAUUAAUCAGGCUAGCAAGUUAUUAGCUAAUGAGUUAUAUCACUAUAGUAAUUAUAUUACUUUAGACACCAAAGAACUGAAAGUUAUGAUUUUAAUUAAGCACGUUACACCACCCUUAAAAGAUUAAGUGAUGAAUUAUUCUUUGAAACUUGUGCAUUAAUUGGGGUGCUGGCACAUUGAAAUUCAUUUACAGUUUAAUCCCAAAAGUUGCCUGGCUAAAUUAUCUUUCCUUCCUUGAAAACUGAGAAUGUUUUCAGUGUAUUGUGCAGUGUUACAACUGAUAACUGAUCUGUGCUUCAAAAUUUGUCUGUCUCUUGGUCUUGAAGGUACCAGAGAGAUUAUUUCACUGUGGAACCAUGUCAAGUGUAGCAGAACAUUGAGGGAAAUUCAUGUUAUAUUGGUUUUAACAAGAAUUGUCCAUAUACAAAAAUAUUGCAAUAUUUUGGAAUAAUAAUUUAAUCAAUUUCCGGACGUGAUUGCUGAAGGGAGCCCUUUUCAAGAGACAUUUUAGUUUUCAACUAUAUAUUUCCCAUUUAUGAAAACCUCACAAACAGUUAUUCUAAUUAUUCAAAGCUUAUCAUUCAGUUCUUAGUGUACAGUGUACUAAAAGUAUUGUUUAUAAUUACCUGCACACCAUAUUUUCUGGAGUAUCAUAGAGAAAGGAUCUUUUACAAUUAGAGGAGUAAAUUAACUUCUGUUGUCCCUGGGUGGCCAGCAAUAUGCAACCUUGCAUUUUUAAAAUUUUUCUUUCUAACUUAUUGAUGAGCAUGCCACUGGCAUGGUAAUCAUUUGGUAUCUUUUUCAAAUUGCCUUUCAAGAUGGUGGCCAGUUACCAUCUUGACUCUCAGCAUCCUUUGGAUGAUAGUACUCUCAGGGUGUUUCUAGUUGGGGAGUCCCUGGAUUUAGACACAUUGAUGACAUUUAUAGGUCAGAAAGGUGUGUGACAUGAAGGAAGACUUACAAAUGGUGUUCCUGUGUUCCUAUUAAACUUUUUAUUCCAUAUUGUAAAGGAAUAGGGAGUUGAACUAGACUUAAUUAGUUUCUGCAAUGCACUUCCGAGAUGGAGCACAUUACAGCCUUUGGUGCAGUUUAAUAUUACAAUUUCUACCAAAGCUUUAUCAUCCAAAUAUAGUUCUGUCUUCAAAAUGACUAUAAAGGCCUGGCAUCCAAGACUACUGCUUAGUAAAUACUAGAAUAUAUAAGUAUAUGGAAUUUUCUCCUUUUCAGCUUUUAUUAUCUCAUUGUAAUUUCUUUGGUAGAUAUAUCACUUUACCAAUAUUAGCUCAUGAUUAAACAAUCUGGAAAGGAAAUUGUUAUGUUCUGCAUUCUUGCAGAAUUCCUGUAAGCUAAAUUAUCAAGCCUUCCAAAAGAGAUUUAAUCUAGACACAAGUGCUAAAUCUUCAGAGAGUGAAUAUUUGCAAAUGUUGAAUUGUACAAACUAAAAACUGUGUAGGAGGCAGCUUUUAAAAAAAAUUAAAUUAAUUUGCAUCUUAGAAUAGACACUGGGUUAGGUCAAGGAUUGUACAAGACAUUAAAGAUCUUUGGGUAUAAAAUACAAGUGUGCUGGAGUUUAAUAAAACUUGAAUUGCAUGAUGUAUAUAAUCUCAAUAUUAUAAUAGAAAUUUUCCAGUUCUGAUGUAAUCUCUAAGUUUCUCAAUCUUUUUCAAACAUUAAGUCUUUCUCUGUCGCCACACUUCUGGUUAGAAGUGGAAAUUGCUCAAUUUUUUCUUAACAAAACACAUCAUUAAAAAAAACUUUUCUCCAGUUCUCACCUUUUUUCAGGAUUUGUUGUUUUAUUGUGAAAAAAAUUCAAUCCCCUGACAUACUUUUUAGUGAGCAACUGUAUAAAUACGUUAAGACAUAUUAAUGCAAUGCAAUCUGUCCUUUUAGCCAAACCAACCAGAUAUUUAUUUCAUAAAGAUCUAGAUAAGGUUCAUUAACACAUAAUCUGGAGUUUAAUUUGUGGUUUUGUAUUGGUUCACUUAAUUUUCCCUGAACUAUUACCAUCAGAUGUUUUAUUUAUCAUGAGCUCCGAAGCAGCAUGCUGAUGCUUUAGGCAAUCUAAUUAAACAGUAAGUUAUACAAACUUACUGAAUAAGUUUAAAAUAAUGUUUUAUAAAGAAACUUGAAUGUAAAGUGCUGCUGUGUUUUAUGUUUUAUCUGUGUACAUGUUUUAGUGAGACCACUGUUUUAAUUGAGCUAAGACUUAAAUGCUGCAUUAAUUGUGAAUUAAUGUUUAGAACCAGGACUGCCGAAGUAACUAUUUUUUAUAAAGUUGAUAUUCAAUGGAAGAAAAACACUGUUAUUCCAAAAAGUAUUGAAAGAAUUUGAUGCACCAUGUAUGUUCUGUUAAAGUGAUAUUUUCUUAUAUGUAUAUAAUAGUAAAGAUUCUAUGUACUAUAAUUUGGGGGUAAGAAAAUAGAAGUUUCCUAUUUAAAUGGUUGAAUUUAUUCUGAUAAAAACACCUAUUUAUUUUUAUGUAACUCUAUACAUCAUAAUACAUAUUUUGCUGUGUGCAUUUAGAUUGCCUUAAAUGGGAAUUUAUAUUUUGGGAUAAUGUAUUUAAAUCAUAAUGCAGUUUAAUGGUGGAAGCUUUGUAUCAUGUAAUUUAUAAAAUGAAACAGAUUAUAAUAUUAUUUUGAAACAUUGCAAAAUCAGUAUUUUAAUAAAUG